UGGAGACCUCCUUUCCUUGAUCCCACAUUUAGGAUCCUCGAUUUCCCUCGGACUGUUCGAGUUUGCAACUUUCCAAACCCGCUCCCAACACUACCAGACAAGAUUCUGUCGUAAUACUCAAGCAUCGCCGAGCCCUCUCGAUCCCGAAUAUUAAUUUACUGUACCAUAAACUACACAUACAUACCAAACAAUCACCAUCCUAUAAUACAGGAUCCGCCCUCUAGGUCUGCCCAGCAUGUCGAGCCAGCAGACUCCGCCUCCUCAUAUCGACCGUUAUGUGGUCAUCCAUGUUGCAACCACCUGCGACGAACAUGGUGUCUAUGUAACGAAGGACUCUGCAGAGGUUAUCGAGCUUGGUUGGAUACUUAUGGAUGCGAAGUCUCUUGAAGAGAUCCAUCGGGAGAGUGUCCUUGUGAAGCCAGUCAACACACCUAUUACUCCUUUAUGCACUAGCCUUACAACUCUGACGUGGGAACAUGUUCGAAAUGCGGGAACCUUCCGGGACGCCGUGAAUCGUUUCGACGCCUUUGCUUCAGAGCACUUGACAACCCAAAAUCUAGACUUCGUGUUCGUCACUCUAGACGCCUGGGACCUUCGUGUCCAGCUCCCACGCGAAGCUCGUGAUAAGGCCGUGGUGCUUCCACCUUACCUUCAACACUCGAGGGCCUUCGAUUUGCGUACAGAAUACCAGCGUUGGCAGCAACAUCACCCCGAAUCGCUACCCUUUGGACCUUCUAUGCUCUCCAACAUCUGCGCCGCCCUCGAAGUCGAGCCUGUUCAAUCUAGCGCUCCUAUCAAGCAUAAUCUUCCUUUUCACUUGCAGGCACUUGCUCCUGCUUCGCCUCGGCGUGCCAUGGAGGAAGCUGUGACUCUGGCCAGAGUCUUGCGUAGCCUGAUUCGAAAAUCCCAGCCGCACCAGGAGCAUCCUGACGUGCUGACCCGUCCUAUGGACGCCCGUGCUGAUGUUCGUGCUUUCCUAUCUGAGCGAAGUAAGGUUUUGCAUAUGUCCGGAUUGCCUCACGAUACUACCCAGUCAGAGCUUGAGAGCUGGUUCACCCAAUUCGGUGGCCGUCCCAUUGCGUUUUGGACCUUACGUACCCCCGAGCAGCACAAACCCACAGGUACCGGAUUUGCCGUAUUUUCAUCUCAUGAAGAGGCUGCAGAGAGUCUCUGCAUGAAUGGACGUGCUCUAAAUGAGAAGGCCAUUGAGGUCUCCCCCUCCUCGAGCCGUGUACUCGAUCGCGCCGCCGAAAUCCUUACGCCAUUCCCGCCGAGUAAGAACCGUCCCCGACCUGGCGACUGGACGUGCCCAUCGUGUGGCUUUUCCAAUUUCCAAAGGCGAACAGCUUGCUUCCGCUGUUCCUUCCCAGCAGUCAGUGCAGGGCCUCAGGGGGAUAUGGGUUAUGGCUAUGGUUACGGCCCACCGGCCAUGAUGGGUCCCCCACCUCACCAUGGCGGUCAUCACGGAAACAUGGGUCAUGGAGGAGGAGGCCGUAUGGGCGGUAGCGGUGUUGUUCCUUUCCGAGCUGGAGAUUGGAAGUGCGGCAACGAAGUUUGCGGUUACCAUAACUUUGCAAAGAAUGUCUGCUGCCUGAGAUGUGGCGCCAGCCGCGCUGGUGCGGCGGUGGUUGCCGACUCGGGCUAUCCCUCGCCCAUGGACAGCGGCUCUAGCUACGGUAUGGGGUCUGGUUCUAUGGCGGGCACCCCGGGUCCUGGGCCUUUCGCCUCCGCCACAGGUCCUUUCGGAGCUUCCGGUGGUUACGGCCACCACUUCGGAGGACCACCUAGCACUUAUGCUUUGCCUUCGGGUAUAGGCGGUGGUGCGGCUCCAUACCCAUCCCUUAAUACUCACUUCGGUCCAGCUCCGGGCUCCCACUCAGCCGGCCCAUUCGAUAGCCGGGCUGCUGAGGCAGCUUUUCAGUCUGCCAGUAACGGUCCCGCCUCCGCCGGACCGUCUAACAACUUCUACUCAUCUCAGUCGGAGAGUGACCCGUUCGCAUUCCUCUCAUCUGGCAUUGGUGGAUUAUCUGUUAGUGGUGGUGAUGCUCGUCAAAACGGUGCUGGUGCACCUUCUAGCAAGUCCCCUUCUUAGACACCCUUACUUUUACGGUAUUCCCACCGAAUUUUUCGGUACUCGAUUUGAUUGCUGCCGAUUUCAUACGCAUUUGGAAUGUUGAAGUGGAGGGUAGACCAACGGUUUCUCGACUUUGGCGGUACUUCUCUGGACGUAAAAAAAAUUAUGGCACUUUCAAGAGGUGUAGGUUCACUUUUGAAGAU